AUGGCUUCAUCGGCCACCGACUCGGAAUUCGUGACGUUGGUCUCGGGUGAUGGGUUUGAAUUCGUCCUUCCGCGUAGUGCGGCCUGUGUCUCUGGGACGAUACGUCGGAUGCUGGAACCUUCUAGUAAAUUCGCCGAAGCAUUGACAGGUCGCUGCAUACUGGAGAAUAUCAGUGGAAUCGUCCUCGAGAAGGUCUGCGAGUACUUUUGCUACAACGAGAAGAAUAAGAACCAGUCAAAUGUUCCAGAUAUGGAAAUUCCGCCGGAGUUGUGUCUGGAGUUGUUGAUGGCGGCGGAUUAUCUGGAUACCUGA